ACCUUGUCCUUCAUAUGCGCCUGCCUCCUAUCUUGUAUGUGACCUUCUCUAUUGAUAUAUUGUAAUUUGUAAGGACUUUUAUUGCCAAGAUAUUUAUAUUCAGACAGAGAAGUUUAGUAAGGAAGUAUUUUGUGUAUUCCGUUGUCAGUGAAGGAAGCUUUUAAACAUAAAACCAUGCCAAGUUUCCCACAAAACCUUUCACCUGAACAGGAAGAUGAGCUACGAAAGAUUGCCAAUGCCAUUGUUGCCCCUGGUAAAGGAAUAUUAGCUGCUGAUGAAUCUACAGGUUCUAUUGGUAAGAGAUUUGCACCAAUAAAUGUUGAGAACACGGAAGAGAACAGGAGACGUUACAGAGAACUCCUGUUCACAUGUGACAAAUCAUUGGCACAAAACAUCAGUGGUGUCAUUAUGUUCCACGAAACAUUUUACCAGAAAACCAAAGCUGGUGUGGCAUUCCCCAAACUUCUCCAGGAUCAGGGUAUAAUUCCAGGCAUCAAAGUAGACAAAGGAGUAGUUCCAUUGGCUGGAACAGAUAAUGAAUGUACUACACAGGGUCUCGACGGUCUCUCUGAGAGAUGUGCACAGUACAAGAAAGAUGGUGCUCAGUUUGCUAAAUGGCGAUGUGUUCUAAAAAUCCAACAAUAUACUCCCUCAUAUCAAGCAAUGUUAGAAAAUGCUAAUGUUUUGGCUAGAUAUGCCAGCAUCUGUCAACAGAAUGGACUGGUACCCAUUGUAGAACCAGAAGUAUUACCAGAUGGAGAACAUGAUCUAGCAACAGCACAAAAAGUCACAGAACAGGUGUUAGCAUUUACAUAUAAAGCUUUGGCAGAUCAUCAUGUCUUCCUUGAAGGAACUUUACUUAAACCUAACAUGGUUACUGCUGGAAUGAGCUGUUCUAAAAGAAACUCUGCUGAGGAAAAUGCCAGAGCUACAGUAUUGGCUCUGAGUAGAACUGUACCACCAGCAGUUCCAGGUGUAACCUUUUUAUCAGGAGGUCAGUCUGAAGAUGAUGCCUCAGUUAAUUUGAAUGCCAUCAAUACAUGUGAAGGGAAGAAACCAUGGUCUCUUACAUUCUCUUUUGGCAGAGCUCUACAAGCUUCUGUACUUAAAGCUUGGCAAGGAAAAGACGAAAAUAUAAAAACGGCACAGACAGAACUCAUGAAUAGAGCUAAGGCAAAUGGUUUGGCAGCUGUUGGACAAUUUAAGGGCGACAUCAGUAGUUCUGCUGCAGGACAAUCAUUAUUUGUUGCCCAACAUGCCUACUAAAUUCAGAUUAUCCAGCAAAAUGGUCAAAUUUAGCAUAAUACUUGGCUUUGAUAUUUUCUGCUUUUCACCAAUGAACAACAUUUUGAAAUAAAGUAUGCAAAGAACCUGAUUGGUUAUUGAAAGACUGGUUCCCUAACAUUACUACCUGAUUUGUUAUAGAAAUACUGAUUCCCUAACAUCAAUGUUGUUAUCAUAGAAUCUCAGUUACAUGAGCAUUUACCGCAGCUUUUCUUUAUAUAUAUAGUUAUUGUACAGAUUUUACAUUGUAAGUUUUUAACUCUAUAGAUGAUUAUUUAUUAUUGAGAUUGUACACUUAGUCCUCUUAAAAUUAUAUAAGUAUCAAUGUUCUGUAAUGUAAAAGUACUUGUUUUAAAAGUAUGGCGUUAGAAUGGAGUAUAAAUCAUGUAGAAUUAAUUAGCAAGACAAUUUUGAUAUUUAGCUUUAUUGUAAUGAUGUAAAUGCAACAGAGAACUAAAGGCAUUAUUCCAAAUGUGUGAUUGUAUUUCAAGUUCAACCUGAAUGAAUGUAUUUUUGUUGCGAUAUUAACUUGAAAUAGAGAUUUUAGAACCAAUUAUCUCCCCUGACAUUUGAACUAUUUUGGUGCACAAAGCUGUUUUUUUCCCCUUUCAGAUUUCUUUUGGGUUAGAGAUUAUUUUAUUACAUGAUUUAUUUUUAUUUCAUAUUUUUUGGUGCAUACAGUUUUUAUUUAUAGAAGUGCUUACUUGUAUAUUUUUUCUGUGAUAUAAUUUAAACAUUUAUUUCUUCCUUCAAUUGAUGUAUGUAAAUUUUUGGUUUUUUGUUAACAACUUUAUAUUGAUGGAAAGUUAUGAAAUCUUUAGAUGCAGAGGAAAUGAAAUAAAAAUUAAACAUCC